CAAGCUUGACCCAGAGCCUCAAGCUGACCGCACGCGUUUUCGUAGGCCUACAUGAGCUUGCCCUCCGCCCUCUCACAACCUGCUGUCUGUUUAUUCGAACGAUAAUAUUCUUUAGGCUUAUCAUUCCCGUAAACGUCUCUCGCGAUUGUCAUGCCUACGCGACGGGAGCACGAGUCCGAAAGGCAGCCUUUGCUCAGGCAAAGAGCCGUGGAUACAACUGAAGUCUAUCCUGUCAUUCAGAUGAUACGAAACACACCAUUGACUGUGGAAGCGCUUACAGCACCUGACCUCACGUAUACGCUCAUAAGGCCCCUGGAAGAAAAGUACAAUGGGAUGCAACGGAGAGGCAACUUGGGCGUUGUCUUUUGCUUUCUGCUCAAUCGCGCGUAUUUCUUGCGCGACCACAACCUCACCACUGCAUCACUGUCCCGUUCUAGAGGCGCACUUUGCGAAAUCUUGGCUACUCGGACUCUGCGACAUCACGCCACAAAUAUGCUAGAGCUUUCCCUAGCUCUUACAACAAGCUGGCCUGUGUACUCGGGUGCUGAUCCUGGACUCAUUGCUCGUGCGAGAGAAGAACGCGACGACGAUCUCGAGGAACGGGUCGGCAAUGCUAUCGAAAUUGCUAUCAUCAGUCAAGCUAAAAUUUUCAUCAAAAGCUCUGCGUGUCAAAAAGUCAUUGACGGUAUCUGGAGCGGGAAGAUAGUGUACCAAGCUGACAGUAGUCGCUCCAUUCUUUCUGAUACAUACAAACGAAAUCCAAUUCACUUCUAUGAUCCACACAAAGCACCUCUGCUGGAUCAUUACCGCUUGAAGGUCCCAGCAGUUCGAUCUGUCCUCGAGUACUCGAAUUUCUUGAUCCUGUUCAUCCUAUUUAUCUUCGCACUGGAAUUCAAUGAGCUAAACAAGCUAAAUACGGCUGAGGCAGUGUUCAUGAUCUACGCUCUCGGUUUUACCCUGGAAAAGGUCGCAGCUAUGCAAGAGCAUGGCAUCAAAGUGUAUUUCAAAGGCACAUGGAACGGAUUCGACCUCGCUUUCGUAACAUUGUUCUGCACGUAUGCUGUUUUUCGUCUCUACGGAAUAUACCAUCAUCAUCACUGGGCUCGCACCACUGGCAUUGAUUGUCUCGCUCUCAUCGCUGUUCUCAUGUUCCCUCGCCUCGCUUUCGUUACGCUGAAAAAUAACCUCAUGGUUCUCGCCUUGCGAGCGAUGAUAGUGCAGUUCGUCGUCCUCAUGCUCAUCGCUGCAUUUUGUUUUGGAGGGUUCCUAUACGCACUUUGGACUCUAAGUCGAAACCAGGCGGGCUAUUCAGCCGGUCAGAUAUCAUGGUGGAUGCUCGAUCUUUUCUUCGGCUUGGACGCGAGUGGGUUCGAUAGAGCUUUUUCCUUCCAUCCUGUCUUCGGGCCGUUCAUGUUCAUCACAUUCACCUGCUUGAGCAACACCAUGCUUACUACCGUCCUUGUAUCCAUAUUAUCACAUACGUUCACGACCAUCAACGACGAUGCUGUCGCAGAGGCCAUGUUCCGCAGAGCUGUGUCAACCAUUGAAGGUGUCAAAGCCGACUCGCUCUUCUCUUACCAGCCACCGAUCAACCUUGUAGCGUUGUGCAUGAUGCUUCCUGCUAGCUACAUCCUAAGCCCGCGAUGGUUCCACAAGGUGAACGUUUUCAUGAUCAGGCUAACCAGCUUUCCCAUACUGCUGCUCAUUGCAGCAUACGAGCGACAAGCUAAACACAGCGGAUCUCUUACGUUCUACGAGACUGUGUCUGCCGCGGCCGAGAAAGUCUUCGACACGCUCCCGCGCCCCUUGAAGAGACUAUCGUUUUUCGAGGGUUUCACCGGUGCCGAUGCAGACAUCGAUGCAGUAAAGGAAGCGGACGAGAGCGCUCUCGACCUCGAAGACGAUGCUAUCCCUCCUAUAGACGCCCGUGCACACCGGCGGCAAUCCACGAUCUCCCGAGGCCGCCCAUCGUUCUCCGUGGCGAGCGUCCGCAGCCAAGUAUCUGGACCGACCGGGAACGGCGCCUCGCCACCGACGUCGCCCAAGACGUCGCCCAAGAAGCCUGAGACGGCCUCGCCCGCCUCGGGGUCCGCGCCCCUCCCGCAUCCGCGCGCCCUGUCGCUACUCUCGCGCGGCCUCGAGAUCGCGACGAGCGCGCCGAGCCCGCUCGCGCAGAUCUUCCAGCCGCUCAACGUCUCGGACGACGUCGGGCCCGCCGAGGGCGGCGGCGAUGCCCCGGGCACCGCGGCUUCAGGCGCGAGCGCCGUGAGCUACGGCCCCGCGACGCGCCGCCGCGUGUCGAGUCUGCAUCCGCAGCCUAGUGGCCGCCGCACGACGACGACCUCGACGGGCGACUCGUUCUUCCCCGCGGGCGGCCAGCCGUCUGCCGCGCAGUCACCGCGGCAGCAACAGGGCCAGCGGCGCUUCCCGGGCGUGUCGAGCCCGGUGUCGCGUGCCGGAGUCUCGGCCCUUGCAGCGCAGCCGCUGUCGGAGAGCCCCGACGACGCGGCGCGGGACGGCCCGACGGAGACCGCGGGGCAGAUCCUCGACGAGGAGGGAGGCAUGUCGGAGGCGGAGCGCAGGUUGGCGGCGAUCGAGGACAGGCAGAAGCGCAUAGAGGACCUGCUCGUGCAGCUCACCCAGAACCUCAAUAUUCCCCGCAGAUGAACUUUGCUUCUUUAAAAGGGCCCGCAGAGGCAUAGCUACGCGGCGACGUGUAUUUGUGUAUGAGAACAGUGGGGUUUUCUUACAGGGGUUAUACACUAGGGUUACAACAGCGCGCGAGUACAUAAACCGAGAAGGGUUAACACCGAUACAGUUGGUGGUACAGACAAUAGGGGAUGCGUUUAAUACAUGUUGAAACGGUUGACCUCGACGUUCACUGGCGGCCGACGCGAGAGGUACCAGGUGAGGGAAUAGCACAUGACGGCGACGCCGUAGCACACGGGUGUGCGCCAGCGGAGAGCAGAGCGUCGUGCAGGGAGAUACGCCUUGAGCACGGAGAAGUUCGACCGGAGCCAGGAGACGAGUGGCGCAAGCGAGUUCUGUGCCGGCUCGAGCGUGGGGGACGGAGUGCUCGAGGAGGCAGCGAGAGAGAACAUGGCGGCAUUUCUUUAGAUAGAGAAGGAGCGGAUUCGGUGGCGGAGACCAAGGGUUUAGAGGUGAAGAUGGGCGAAGGAGUGACAUCGACAGCGUAUGGGAUGUAGGAUGCGGGUGCGGAGGGAGCCUCGGUAGCAGAGACCGAGGGUUCGCAAGUGGAAGUGGGCGAAGGAGCGACGAUGACAACGUCUGGGAUGGAGGAUGCGGGUUCGGAGGGAGCCUCGGUGACGGCUUCGACCUCUGUAAACUGCUGCACUGCAGCUGAGGCGUCAGGUAUCGCAGUCUGAGUUGGUUGUUCUACAGGAGCUGCCACAUCCUCGACGAGUUCGGGAGUGGAGGGGAUGAUGGUCUCUACUGGUUGCUCAACGGGAGCAACUGCAUCCUCGGCGGGUUCGGGGGCAGAGGGGACGACGGCCUCGACGGCCUCGAAGACCAUGGGCUCGACAGCUGUGGCGGCUUCAGCUGCGCCCUCGGGAGACUCGGAGGCACAGGUCUGCUCCUCAGGGUGAGGCUCGGGAUCGACAGCGGCAUCGACGACGACCGGGGCGUCGGCUGGCUCGUUUAGCGGCAUCGCCUCCACAUUAUCAGGGAGGACAACGGGUGCGAGCUCGGGAGAAGCAGAGGAGACGCUCUCGGUGUCGGCGGCAUAGGCGUCGUCGAAGGGAUCCUUGGGGUGUGUGUCGGUAGCGGCAGCUGCUUCUUGGGGUGCAGGGGCAGCGCCCUCUGGAUGGACUGAAGUCAGCAUCG